AUGAAUAUUUUGCCAAGAAGAGUUGUUCCGUAUGUUGUGUUGUUGGGCGCCUUUUUGUAUAAUCUGAAUAUAGGCAUAAUAAAUUCAUAUGGAAAUCUUAACAUCUACCUGACGUCCUACCUGAGACAUAAAGGACAAAAUGUAACAUACAAAAGUGUUUCUUUAAUAUACGAGUUGACAGUAAUAACACUUGGUAUAUCUAUGCUUGUAGGAAAUGUAGUUCAACAGAAGUUAGGAGAGAGAAUGACUAUACUAAUUUGUAGCUUCACUACAUUUUUAUCGUUUUAUUUAUCAUCUAUAUAUGCGCAUUCGUAUUAUUUAUUGUGUUUAUUUAUGGGCUUCUGUUAUGCUGUUGGAUAUGGUAUAUGCUUUACUAUUCCUUUAUCAUGUGCAUAUAAACAUUUUAAAACCAAUAGAGGAUUAAUAAGUGGUAUUGUCAUAUCAGCCAUAUCAUUAAGUCCAUUCAUGUACUGUCCAUUACAAACAUUACUUAUAAAUAGAAGAAAUGUAUUACCUGUGAAAGAAGAAAAUGGAUCUAAAGAAUUAUACUUUGACGAUAUAGAUGUUUUAAAUAGAGUGCCAUAUCUACUUUUUGUCCAGUCCAUUAUAUUUUUAAUUUUUGGCACUUUGGGUGGUUACUUAGCUACUAUAAAGUGUGAAGAGGAUAAUAGUCCUACUAAUAUACAGCAUAAUCACUCAGAGAAAAUAAAAAACAUACAUUCUGUAGAGAGGGAUGCAACUGAUUUAGAAAGAAACGAACACAUUUCAUUAACGGGGGGGAAGGGUAAAAAUAGCGCAUAUGGGGAAAGCACCUUAGUAAGAAAUGGGGUGGACUACAUCACAAACAACGACAAUGUUAGCGGUAAUAACGUUGGCCGUAGUAACAUUGGAGGUAGUAACGUUGGAGAUAAUAAUAGGAACUACCACUUUGCCAAACCAUUUAAAAAGAAAAAGAAUAAAAAAAAAAAUGAUGGAGCAUUAAACGGCAAGGAGGAAAAUCUGCACAAUGAAAGUGAGGAACAUCUAAUAGUAAAUAAUAGUUGUAAUAAUAUGAAGAAACAAAAAUUUUUUUUUUUUUCGAAUUUGCUAAAUUUCAAUAAUAUAUAUGCAGAUAAUCAUGUUUCCAAAUAUUACAAUAAAAAGUGCACAGAAGAUGUUUUUUUUAUUCUUUUAUGGAUUUCUAUCGUAUUUUUUAAUUGUUAUAUUAAUUUUAUAAUUAUGUACUGGAAAAUAAUAGGUAUUACUUACACAUCUGUAGAGGACAAACUAAUAACUCUAAAUGGCAGUUUUAUAAAUAGCAUAUCAAAUAUAGCUGGUAGAUUAAUAUGGGGUACAAUAUAUGAUAAAUUUAAAUUAAAUAUUACUUUAUUAUUUUUAGGUAUUUCUAUAACAUUUGCAUGCUUUCUACUACCAGCUAUUUCACAUAUAUAUGUUCUAUACGUAUUUGUUUGUGCUCUUUUUUAUUUUUGUAUUGGGGGUAGUUUUGUAACUAUCCCUAUUAUUACCUUGAAAAAAUAUGGGGAACAGCAUUUCCCUUUGAAUAUGUCUAUUUUAUAUACUACUAGAAUAGCAAAUACAUUUUUGUGUAGUUUUGUUGUUCAUAUAUGUUAUAAUUUAUUUACACUAAGGUGUCUAAGCGCGGCAUUCGGCUUUAUUUCGUUAUUAUCAACUAUUUCGAUGUUUAUUCUGGCCAAGUCGUAG